AUCUGAUCCACCGGGCCAUCUUGAUGAGCGGGUCGUCGUUGGCCCCGUGGGCUCUUGUGCCGGACCCCAAGAAAUACACGCGCCUCGUGGCCCGGGCCCUCAACUGCUCCGAUGUCCCCUUAGGGGAGCCGCUCAAAACCUGCCUCAGGACGGUCCCACUUCAUCUCAUCAAACAGGCCCAAGUCGAGGUGCCCGAGUAUUACUACGCAUUCGGGCCGACGGUGGACGGUGUGGUCAUCGACACAGAACUCGACACAAACCCCGCGUCGUACCGCGCGCGCCUUGCGCCCUACGACCUCCUCUUCGGGGUCACGCCUGCAGACGCCGCCACGAGCUUCAGCGACGACGACCUCCGCGGCCUCGACAUCGAGAAGCGCAAUCAAAUCAUCCGCAGCUUCAUCCGCAACACGUACAACUACCACCUGACUGAGAUCAUGGCGACGGUAGUGAACGAAUACACCAACUGGGACAGGCCAGGCUUCCACCCGAUCACGACUCGAGACGAGACCGUCGCGAUGUUAUCGGACGCGCUCUUCACGGCGCCGGUGGUGCACAUCGGAGCUCUGCACGCGUCUGUCGCUACUAAAAGCUUCUUCUACGUCUUCGACCACCAGACGCGCUACAACGAGUUCGACAACCCCAGUCUCGAGAGGUUGGGCGGAAUGCACGGACAGGAGCUGGCGUACGUGUGGGGCGCGCCUUUAGUGCCCGCGCUUAGCUUCUUCCCCAGCAACUACACCGCCCCGGAGCUCAGGAUAUCCAGGGCCAUGCUCACCUUCUGGACCAACUUCGCCAGGCUGGGGAACCCAAAUUUCUUACCGGAAGACAACGCGGCUGCGGAUGGUAGCGAGAAAAACAAAUUCGGUGCCUUGCAGUGGCCACCUUAUGACCAGAAGCACCGCAAAUACAUGGACAUCAGUAGCCGGCCUCGCAUCAACGACCACUACAGAUCCCAUCAGCUGUCCUUCUGGUUGAAGCUCGUGCCCGAACUUCACCAGGCGGGAGCCGACGCUCCUGAGGAGCAUCACCAUCUCGUCAACCAUAACGACUGGGACUCCUACCGGGGCCUGGUGCGAUCAGUACCAGUCACCAGGGUGAUCCUGCCACCAGAGACGACGACGGUGUCAACCACAACGAAGCAAUACAACGUGUCAGCGGUGCUGCAGUCCACGCCAGGGGCCGCCAGCGAGCUUUUCAACUCAUCCUGGCGCGGUCCCGCUUCGUUGCACGACGGCUUCGCUGCCUACUCGACUGCCCUGUCGGUCACGGUCGCUAUUGGCUGUUCAUUACUCAUCCUAAAUAUUCUUAUAUUUGCCGGGGUUUACUAUCAGAGAGACAAGUCUAGGAUCGAAGCGAAGAAAGUUGCCGAGAAUGGCGGAUUGCUGGCGCCGGCGCACAGCAUAAGUGGUGAUCUCGGGACUCCGGGUCCGCAAAACAGGCACGUUACGCACUCAAAUAACCAUUCGAGUAACAACGCUAAAAGCCCUCACCAGACGUCGCUGCAAACGCACUUGCCUCCUCCUGAGUUCGCAGACCAACCGUCCAAAAUGAACUAUGACAACUCGACUCAUUUGGCCACAUUACCGAGAGGUGUCGGCCGUCCUCUUGGUCCACAUGGGGGAUCUUUGACCCUAUCGGUGGCUCGGGCACCCCCACCUCCGAGAGUACCCAUCAAUCAGGUGUCCGAAGCACAGCCUCUACUGCAGCAGCAACACCAACAUCAGCCACAGCAACAGACAACUACCUUCUCAUUGGGAUCUCCAAACUCCCUCUGCAAAAGCCCCAUCAAAGAAGAAGAGAUGGGGGAACUCCGUGUAUAGCGCUCUUCUCUUUGUUAUUUAUACAGUGUAAGGUAAUUAGCUCAAAACUUGCAGGCUAGUGGAUUGUUCUAAAAGGUGCUUUUUGUUCUAUCUAAUCAAAAAUACCGUCUAAAAUGCCUAGGUCGUUUGGUAAACGUUCAAAUGAUUCGUUUGAGUCCUAGUUUCGACUAACAAACAGUCGAAUGUCAAUGCAGGGUUUUUGCUUAGAAGCCCAAUUACUCCUAAUUGUACACACGCCGCCUAUGUCUACGCAAUGAAUGCACAAGAAACGUAGUUUUGAUUACAGAUUACCUGCUUUUAUCACUGGAUACUUCUUCUACAUCAAAUACAAGAAGACUGACAGAAGAUACAGGUCCAGACUUUAUUUCUAAUGACUGAAUGAUAGCUUUCCUCAAUUGUUAGAGAAAUCUUUAAAUUUUACCAAUAGAGACGAGUCAUGAUCGUCCGGACGCUAGAAUCUCUUCUCUGGCGUCAAGGCAUCAAUCAACUUUUUACUAACUGCUCAAAUUUUAUUUCAUUUAUUUAAAAACAUUAAUCAAUUUUUAGAUCGUCGUUUUGUUGACUUGAAGGAUAAUUUUAUAUAUAAUUAAUUUUGUAUUAUACUCUAACUCUGAGUGAAGUCGAACACGUACACCUCUCUUCAAUGACUUUUCUCUCUCUCUCUCUCUUCAUCAACUCUCUUCUCUUCAUCACCUAGAACCAAAAGUCAUUUUGGAUGUCACUUUUAAUAUCGCUCUCAACUCGUGACGAACUCUCUGUCACUAACUUAGUAUUUCCUGUCUAAUUUCAGUUUUCACCUCCUGCAUCUGCAAUGGAAAUAGGUUUUGCGUGGUUCAAAAGUGACAUUGAUUAUUUUUCUCAGUUUAGGACUACGUACUCUAGAUCUAUUGCAAUUUUUGUUUCUUAUAAUGUUCUACUGAGACUACUUCGAAACUAUUCAUAUUACUAUGCCCAUGGCAUCAAAAAUUUUCUCAUUCAUUUUUUUCCUAAUGUGUCCU